CGUUUGCCUCGUGUGCUGGGGAUUGAUAGCGGGCUCACGUACGCUCGUGAAACAACUAGCGAUUAACCGCGGUUACAUGGUGAGCGCGACAGAAACGGGUUGAGUUCCGUUUAUCGCAGCAAAUCCUCUCCCAUCAGGCCGUGUCAACCAAUCUUCUAGGAAGGACUGAUGUGAGAAGGUGUACGACAAGUCACACUCGACCCGUGUCUGUCGGGUUCAUGUAACGGUAGCUGUAUCCAACUUCGAGGAUGCUGCCUGGACAGUUUUUCAGCCAUAGUCACGAGAACGAAUAGACUGUAUAUCGAAGGAUGUCAAGGGAACGAGAUCGACGAAACAAAGUUCACUUUAUGACGCACCUCUAUAGCGUCCGCUGAAUGAGGCCGAAGACAAUACGCUUACUUCGUCCCGACUAAAACCUGUAACUGAGGGACCUCCACAAGAUCGAAAAAACGUUCCGGACGUGGUGGAGAAGAUUGGACUUCUUCCGGCAGCAUCGGCUAGCUGAGUGAAGGGUGAAGAUGUCGCCUGCAUAUAGGCAAUUGGUUCCACUCACAGACUCCUCGAAACAAGAAGGACAGCCUCCCAUAGUUCGUUUUCACCAAAGAUGCGCCUGCAUCGAUCCGUAUCCGAUAUUCUUCAGCAUCAUCACUCACCUGCAAAGCACAAGAGACAAAGCCAGGCUCCUAGCAGCGCUCCUUGCAAACUGUUCCUCAUCUAAAAGUGCCAGAUCCACGUCGUUGCCUUUAACGCUGCAUCAGGGACGUGUCGCUGUUAGCAGACGACAGGGAGUGAAACUCCGCAGACAUCGUCUGCUUUCCCACCGCACCGAAAAUCACCCGGAGAAUCGCAAGCCGACUGGUCAGACUGACCUCUCCCCUCCCCUUCUCACGGAACGAGGCUUUGCACACCCACGACGAUCGUCGCCCCCGCGUUCCUUAAGACACCCCAUGCUGCUGCCAGACGUGCCUGGUAAUAUAUCCCUAGAAGAGUGGUCCGUCAACGCGUGCUAUAUCGAGGACAUCGUCUAUCCAAGCCAGAGGAACAGGUCCUACCAGACUAGUUCUUGCGUGUCGGCAGCUGCAGGAAGUUCCCCAGCGCGACGCGGCAGUGACUCUAGCCUUCACCUGUCUUCCACAUCGUCAUCCGACGAGACUAGUUUUACGUUCGAUACGACUUCGCCUAGAAGACGCGCUGCAGCUCUCGGUUCCCAGGAGUCUAAGAAAGUCAGAAUACUCUUCAAGAAGAAUGAAAACACGGAUCUAAGUGUAUAUGUUCGAGGACAGCAGUUCUUCUGCCACAAGGCUGUGCUUUCUGUCUACUCCGAAUUCUUUGACGGCAUUAUCAAGGGAAAACGAACCAUUUCAGAGAUGGACCUGAAAGGCGUGUCUCCUAACGCGUUCCGCGACAUCCUCGACUACAUGUACACGGGCAAGCUGAAGAUCACGUGCCAGAAUGUGGGGAAACUUUACGUCACUGCCAGCAUACUGAAGAUUUCUAAAGUCAAGAAGAAAUGUGCCAAGAUCUUGACAAAAUCGCCGUACGAUCCUAAACACGCCAUCUGCGUCUAUGUGACGGCGCGGAAAUACGGUCUGGGCCCAGUGUGUCAGAGGGUUCUGACUCUCUUGCAUAAUCGGCUCGAAGAGACCAUCACGUGCAAGCCCUUUCUCGAUCUCGAUGUCGAACAAGUGUGUCAGGUCUUGUCCGGAGACCCCGUCGGAGCAAGAGGCGAAAUGGUAAUUUUUCUGGCUGCGCUCCACUGGUUGAACCAUAACUACCUGGCCUAUGAAGCACACGUGCUGCAGGUCCUCCAGUGCGUCCGCUUUGUGGCUAUGUCCAUGGAAGAGCUCAUCAGCUGCCUGCACCCGCCUGUCUUGCCUGGAAUCAUGGAGAUCCACGAAGUGCGGGCUUACAUCCAAAAAGCCAUCUGCUACAAAGUUGCAGCAGACUACAACCAGGCCAAUCUGUUUUCUGACAUUCAGACCAAGCCUCGACACUUCUUGUUGGACGGACCAGUGGAACUAUGGGUGAGCUUUUCACAUUGCCCUUAUUACAUGCACGUCAGCCUGGUAAUACAAAUAUGGUGUGACUUCCUGGUGCAGGAUAUGAGUAUCUUUGAUCGUAAAGCCACAAAGUGUUCGCGAUACCCGACUUACCGCAACGACUCGGCUCGGAAGGUCUUCCAGUUGGAGCCGCUGACGCCGAGCUUUAACCUGCUCAACACCACGGACCCUCUAGCUGAAUACUUGCUGAGCAAUCUGCACUGUUCCCCGAACAUUAGUGAAGAGAGAGAACUGGCCAACGUCAAGGGAUCUGUCUUCGAUGGACAGUCCCCAGUGUUACUAGCAGUUGGGGGCUUUGAUCCGAACCGACCCAAUGAGGUUCCGAUAGGGACCAAGAUACUCAGAUACCACAUUCAAUGGGACGCAUGGGAGUUCUUCGAUUCCUUCCCGAUGUCGAGGCACCACCACAGCGUCGUUCUGCAUCAAGACAAGUUGUAUAUCAUUGGAGGUUACGACGGUUACGAGACUGCACGAGGCACGCUCGUUCCCACGGCAAUGUGCUUCAUGUUUGACUUGGGGCUGCGUGGGUGGAAGCCUCUUGCGAGCAUGGCGCAUGCGCGUGUCUAUCACAGCGCCACCAUAUUGGGAGACGCCAUCUAUGUGGUCGGAGGCAAAGACCACAAUGGGAGGGCAAUGUCUUCCAUAGAGAAAUUCUGCCCGAACGGUAACAAGCAGUGGCAAGAGCUUUCCGUCUUGCUUUGCCGUCCCAGAAUGGCAGCCGCCUCAGCCCAGCACCGCGGGCUGCUGUACAUCGUCGGAGGACUCGUGGAAUCCGCGGGAACACUGAUUGUCCUCGCCGAUGUUGACUGCCUCGACCCGCGGACCAACGAGUUAUCCUUCCACGUGAGUCACCUGCCCUCUCCCCGUUGUUUCCUGUCCCUCCUGGCGGUGGACGACCAGCUCUUUGCCCUCGGUGGAUGCUGGGUUUCUGAGGAAGGCGAGGGCUUAAAAAGUUCUGCCGAUGUCUUCGUGUAUGGUGAAGAUGAGCGCUGGGAACACGCUGCCACACUGGACGAGCCUCGUCAUGACUUCGCUGCAGCGGCUAUAGGCCGCUCGAUGUUCCUGGUCGGAGGCCUCACGUCCAUCGACCGAUCCGCCUGCAGUGACGUCUGGUGUUACACAGCUGCAAAUUCCAGAGUUGUCCAGCAACCUCCCAGAGCUCCACUGCGCUCUCCCCUCUGUGGUGUGGGUCUGGUGACUAUUCCACGACUGCACCGCGGGAAUAGAGACCAGAACUUCAAUUUCCACUUUCCUUGAAGUCGUCUCUGUAUUGCUUCGAAGCUCUGCUUCAUAAAUCACUGUCAAAUGAAAAAAAAAUAAAAAAUAAAAACCGUGCAGAAUGAAA